GCUGGGCUGCGGGGGCGCUGCCGAGCCGCGCCGGGCGGGGCCGAGCCCAGGCGUGCCGUGCCGCUCCGAACCGGGCCGGGCCCGCCAUGGCCAUCGCUCACAUCGCCACCGAGUACGUCUUCUCCGACUUCUUGCUGAAGGAGCCGCCGGAGACGCGAUUCAAGGGGCUGCGGCUGGAGCUGGCGCUGGACAAGAUCGUCACCUGCAUCGCCGUGGGGCUGCCGCUGCUCCUCAUCUCCCUCGCCUUCGCACAGGAGGUCUCCAUCGGUGCUCAGAUAAGCUGUUUUGCACCCAGCUCCUUCUCCUGGCGACAAGCUGCUUAUGUGGACUCCUACUGCUGGGCGGCUGUGCAGCAGAAGCAACCAUUCCAGAACAACCUAGAAAACAUCCCCCUGUGGCUGCAUAAAUUCUUCCCAUACAUCCUUCUGCUCGUCGCUAUCCUGCUGUAUCUACCAUGUUUGUUCUGGCGCUUCACUGCAGCACCUCACCUUUCCUCAGACCUGAAAUUUAUUAUGGAAGAACUUGACAAAGCCUAUAACAGGGCAAUCAAAGCUGCUAAUAGCAUCCGCAGUGGAGAGCCCAGAGACCCUACUGACUUGGUUCCAGCUGUUAAUGAGAACUUGACACAGAGUUUGUGGGAAAUAUCUGAAAGCCACUUUAAAUACCCAAUUGUGGAGCAGUACCUGAAGACAAAGAAGAAUUCCAAAUGCCUAAUAAUUAAAUAUAUUAUCUGCCGUUUACUCACCCUAAUAAUUAUUUUCAUUGCAUGUCUCUACCUGGGCUACUACAUUAGCCUCUCCUCUUUGAGUGAUGAGUUUCUCUGCACUAUCAAAACUGGGAUCUUAAAGAAUGACACGACUGUUCCAGAAGUGGUUCAGUGCAAGCUUAUUGCUGUUGGCGUCUUCAAGGUACUCAGCUACAUUAACCUGCUAGUCUAUCUUCUAGUGAUGCCACUGGUAGUGUAUGCAAUGUUUGUUCCGUGGAGAUGGAAUUCAGGUAUUCUCAAAGUGUAUGAAAUCCUGCCAACUUUCGAUGUUCUGAAACUCAAGUCAAAGUGUUUUGAUGACUUAAGCCUUUACCUCCUCUUUCUUGAGGAAAAUGUGAGUGAACUUAAAUCAUUUAAAUGCCUCAAAGUGCUGGAGAACAUUGCAGUUUCUGAGAAGUUUGAUGUCAUGCAACUUUUGGUAAACCUUGGUACUAUUAAGACAGACACUGUAGAUGGCAAGCCAGGGACAGCUGUGUUGGAGAAGUCUGAAGAAACAACUACAGAAGAUCUGGAAAAAAAUGCAACAGAGCUACAAGUUUUGACAGACCAUGAUGCAAGUGGCAAUAUGAGUCCAAGAGAAGAUAAAAAACUUCGCCAAAGACUUAUUGAUUCUUCAUGCUGAUGCCUCCAUGCUGCAUUAGUCAAGAGCUUCAUACCACAAGAGGGCUUCUCCUCCACCUUCACUGCACUCAACACAGGGUGCUGCUCUUCGAAUGCAACUGUCUUGAAAGCCGACCAGUUCCUCAGAGGCCAAACUGUUUUGAAACUACUUAUCGUAUAAUAAUCUGCAAAAAAAUCUGAAAAAGCAUGUUGUAGACUUUCAUUAUUUAUUAUAAAAAAACCCAAAACAACUACACAAGGAGCAAUAAGAACAAAGAAUUCCCAUCGUGAGUAACAAGCGACGUGCGCUGAAUGCAAUUGAAACUGGCAGCAGGGAAGAGCCAGCACUGCACUGUACCGAGGUGGGGAACAACCCCAUGGUUAUAAAAAGAGAUGGCCUGUUGCAUUCUGAAAUGUUGCUCUGCAAGGAGCAGCCAUCUCUGUUCUGGGGUUUAAGGUAGCUGGGGGGGUCUCUGCCCUAAAAAAGGGAUUUUUAGGGUUUUUGAGUGAGUCUGGUUAAUCUGUGUACCAGGUGGUAUCUCACCACUGAUAUUGGCUGUGUCAUCCCAGGAAAAAUAGAGGUUGCUCUGUUCAGCCUGAGGUGUCUUGGUUACCCAGCUCAAUUGUGGCAUCUAGGAUUAAUUUACUUGGCACUGAUGGAAAAGAAACUACAAAUAGACUUAGUAUAAGUGGGUACUGUAAAUGUUAGGGAUUUCAAAUUUUCUAUGUAUUAAUAAAUUAAUGUCUUAACACUUUUUGUAUUGCAAAAUGUAGUGAUAUGUAAGCUAAAAGUUCGGUUAAUUUCUAUUUCAGAGUUGUUUUGGUCUUAGUGACCAACAAAUCUGCAUUGGGGUUUGGACUGAAGAUCAGUGAAACUGGUUCCGUUUCUGUAAUGGUUUGUAGUAAUGCUUAUAUGUGUGGAAAUUGUUUCAACGUGUUUAUAGUAUCAAACGCAAUAUUAGUUGUGCUGUCUUCCAAAACGCACUUGAGAAGACAGUUUUAUCUGUAUCACAGUAGCACCUGAGUGCCUCAGCAGAGCCAAGCACUCCAUAGCCAAAGUGAGGGAGAUGUAAAUACAAUGGAAGGUUUUCUUCCUGCACAUCCUGUGACUUAUUUUAAUUAGAGAUAAGAUGCUGAGGGGGGUUGGAACAGACAAGGGGAAGCAUUUGUAAACUGGAUAACUUUCCUGUUUGUUAUUGUACUGUUUGGGGAGAGUAGCAUUCAGCUUUAAUAUCCUUAUCCCCCUGCCCAGGACCUCUGCCUUCAGUUAGCAUUAAAAUUACCUUUGUCUUGAAUUGUAGGUAGGAGGUGAGGUGGGUGGGGGUUUCAUCACCACAAUGGCAGUGUGUGUCUUUCACAAAUGUUAUAUACUCACUUUUUUUUUCUAUAUCUCCAUGCAACUGAAAUAUUUUGCCUGUCACCUCUUGCAGGCUGUCUUUUUAGACAAAGGAGUACCUCUUUUAUAGCUAGGCAGGACUUCCAUUUUCCAGUUCAUCUGUGUCACCUGCUGUUGUGUUCUCGACUGUUAGCUUUCUCCAUAUGGCUGAAGAUGAGGGGCAAAAAGAAGUUAUUGGUGUUACCAUCUUUGCACAGAACUGUUUACGUACUACAGCAGAUUUUGCAGAGAUAGUGCAUUUACUUGGAUGUGACAGCUGUUUUUAAACAAGUGGAUCCCUGAGUGCUGCCAUACUAUACUUUGUGCUAGUAUUACAAGAACUCUUCAGUUAUUUUAUGGCUUUCAGCUAAGAAAAGCCUUAUUUAAAAGAAAGUCUUUAAAGCCAUAGUAUUGUGCUACCUCUGCACAGGACAGUAGCACAGCUGCAGUCCUGGUGUCUGUUGCAUUUUCAGCAAGAAACAGGGCUUGUGUUGGAUACUGGUAGCCCAAUCUGCUCAGUUUUGCUGCCAUACUUCUCCCAGCAAACCCACAACCCAUCUGACCUUUUCUAGAUCAUUUCUGUCUGUCUGUGUGCUGAUGUGUUGCUGAUGGUCCUUUAUAUGUGGGCAAAGCAGAUGCACAUUGUGCAUUGUGUGUUUUGACCAAGGAGCUAUAGUGCAAUACUAAGAUUUUGUGAUGUGGAUGUGUUUGAACGGUUUGAUGUAAGUAGAGUUCUCAAUCUUUACAAACUUGAAGCUCCUGAAAGCAAUAUGUUCGUGUUUCAUGUUGGAUCUGAACUGAACUUUGUACUAAUUCCCCUUUUGUAUUUAAAAAUAUGACUUGCUGCAGUGAAUCUCUUGUUGUCUUCUAAAGUGUUCAAUAAAAUAUGUACCAGUUCUUCUUGGUUAUUUAAAUAAAAAGAAUUUGUGAACUAUA